CUUGAUUAAUAACAUAAUGUUCAUUUCCGCAUGGGUGAAUGCACGGUUUUUGGUUUGUUUUGACGUUUAGCCUGACGAUGUCCUUGGAUCACCAAAACAAGGCCCACCCAACCCACUGAGUCAAAAUGUCAGAGGUGUUGAUAUCACUUCGCAACUACUGCGAUCACCUGGACUCCGACAAAGUAACUGAAAGAAAGAAACGCAUCGAGUCCCUGAAAAGGGAGUUGAAUCGACCAUUGGUGCAGCGUCAGUUGGACCACAACAGCGAUGGGGGGCGGGGCUUCACGUGGAACUCCGCCUUCAAGGCGGUGAGCGCUUACAUGCUGAAGGAGGCGGAGUAUCUCAAGAAGAACAAAGGAGUCUCCAGCACGAGCACCAGCAUCAGGGAUCGCAAAAAACAAGAAGUGGGGGCGGUCUUCAAGUGGUUCGUCCGCGUUGCAAACCAACGCGGUGAGUGUCUGAAGUGCAGCAGCGUGGUUCAGCAUAUUCUUGAGUUGAUGAAAGACGAGUUUACGGCCAGCGCGUUUGGCGUCGACUGCUGCAGCGUGCUACAGAAGGACCUGCUGCGAAGUCGCAAGUACUACUGCGAGUUGCCGCAGUCUGCCUGGCACGAACUUUUGAUCCAGUUCUGCAAGGCCUUGCACAAUCCAAGUUCGGGACUCAGUCAGGAUCUUCUCUCGCGAAUCGUCAGAUCCAUCUUAGCCGGUGCCACGGUGCAGAGUACCGUCCGUCGUUCGUCCAUGUUGAACUUCUUCACUCGCAUGGUCAGCAAACUGAGAUUGGAACGGAGUGCUACGGUGAUAGAAAACAUUUUGGCGGCGCUGAACACGUUCUGUCUGACCGUGGCCAGUGAUUGUCGCAAACAGCUCUGCAAACUCGGCGAGGAGUCCCUGAGCAACCUGAUGCACGUGUGGAGAAACAACUCAGCUGCCCCUGUCAAGGAUGAGGUUAUUGAUUUCUUGCGGCUUCAGAUGAGGCUGCACCACCCCCAGGGGGUCCUGAAGGAGGGCGAUGGGGCGUAUGCUGCCGACCUCGCCGUCUGGAAGAGCCACUUGCAGCAACUGUACGAGUUGAUAUAUGAUGAAUGGAAGCAGGCUGGUACCCGAAUGAAACUGAAAGGCACAGGAAGCCGAGAAAUCGUCUUCAAGGCGGCCUUGGUGGAUUUAGCCGCAGAUGUCUGUCGUCAGGUUUUCUCUGAAAACUACUCUUCGAUCGAAGUUAGCCAAGUUAUUCCUGAGUCCAGCCAAUCAUCAAGCAGCUCCCGCCCUUUUCCUCAGGGUGGGGGCGGGGCCAAACGUCGCAAGGUUGAACCGGGUUGGUCGAUGCUGCGUGACACAGUGGCCACGCUCGGACAGAGCGCAAAUGUUACGCCAUGGCUCCAACUCAUGAGGGCGCUCUUGCAUAAGUACCCCACUAGCCUACCCGAGGACCAACUUCUUCCGUUAGUGUCAUCACUCCAACAAGUACAGGCCGAGACAAAACGAGCCGAGAUACAGACCUGGAUUUUGCAGACACUGCAGGCAUUAGUCGUGUGCAAGUGUGAACGCAGGAAUUUGCCCACUGGAAUGAGAAUGGCGUUGCACACAGAAUGGACAAAAGUCUGGUCGUGUGUCAUUCGAACCAUCAGCCUGCAUACUGCCGAGUCUGACGGAUUUGACCUUUUGACCUGCCUGUUGCAUCAUGGGAUUGCCAACCCAGAUAGGGAACAUUGGCGACUGUUCAUGCCAGAUUCGACUCCACCAACAAGGAAUUCAGUCCAGUUUUUGGCGACGUAUCUCAAGCACCAUUCACUACCAGAAAACUACAUUUGCAAGGGCAGUGGGAUACUAGUCUCUGGAUCAGCCGUCACGAAGGGUAACUUCCCUCUGAGACACCAGCUACUAAGCUGGCUGCUACCGACGGAGGAGCAAGAUGAGCCUGGAGAGAGACUACAACUUGUAAAGCUUCUAAAAUGUCUUCCAACAACUCUGGUAGCCCACGUUUUGGGUGCCCUUACCCAAUGCACCACCCAGAGCAUACCCUGUGUCACAACCCACACCAGACCCCCUGCUGCUACCCUCACAAAGACCGAGAGAACACUUCAAGAAGCGGAGACGUUGUACCUUCGGUCUUCCUUUGAUUCCUCGGAAGCCAAAUCGUUGGAGGGCGUGAAUGACGUCGGAAGAUCUGUCGUUGGGUCGUCCAGCGUUGUGUCAAGCGUGAAGCAAAGCCUCAUGCAAGGACUGGAGAAAGUUGGGGUGCAGGUCUUGGACUUUUCAAGCAGUGAGGCAUCGUGUGUGGAGGCAUUGAUCCACUACGCCAGUCUACUGUGCAAGACGCUAGCGGUGUUACUUGAGUUGGGCGUUCUCUCGGAACGAGAGAUUGGGCAGUCUAAACUCACAGAAAGUUUAAAGACACUAUUGAAGAGGGUCACCACAGCUCUCCGAACCCUCUGGCACAAGAGCGACGCAACCACCGAUGCAAAGAUCAGACUCCAAUCCCUCUCAUCUCUCAUCACAGCCCUGGACGGGAUGCUAACCUGGAACCACUCAUUUGCCAGUCAGGUGGCUGAGGGGUCGGUGAGCUGGCUGGCUGAAACAUGCAGGGCCAUCACGUCAAAUGAGCUGUUGGACACCCUGUUUGAAAUCGUCCAGAAAAAGGGGAACAGCAGUACAUCAAGUAAAAGCACUGCAUCCAGAACACCUGCCAAGGAUCCAUUUGAUGACGAACACAUGGAUACGGAGUUUGACGACGAGUUUGACGGAAACGGCAAGGAUGAUUUCGACGAGAACAGUAACCUUGCCGAUGACAGCUCGGGUCACAAAGCUUGCCAAAGUCUCCUUUCCCCCGAUGCCUUGAGUGAGGCGGAGCACCUGGCCCUAAAGUCGGCUCAACUUCUCUGCUCAUGGUGCUUCACCGGGAGGUCAAGCCCUCAGGGUCAAAGGUCAGGCAGAGGUCAAAUGCCACUCAGUACAUCUGAUGUGCAAGACAAACUAUUGGAACUGGUGGAACAAGAGGCUUUUGAUGCUUCUGCAGCGUUUGAUGUCCAGUUGUUUUUCACCAUCGCGGAAGCAUUCAUAGCAUCAACGGAGAAACAACAAGAUGAAAUCCUGUCACGUCUGCUUUAUUCCUUGCGGACAGUGGCAUCCACCAAUAGGAAGGACCAAGAAUUGUGCGCUUCAAUCCUUAGUCUCCUCUCCAGGCUGGUACCACUCCUUCAGUCUGACACUCUUGUAGUCUCCACUGACUUGAAAGAGUCGAGGGAUGUGACAUUACGUCUCCUGGCUGCUUUUUGGAAACUUCAACGCGAGGGCGACUACACCGCCCCAGUCCGUCUUGCCAUAGCCAAGUGCAUGCACGCCCUCGUCCUCAUCGACCCUGCCAGGAAGUGGACUGUGCUGAGGUCAAAGGGCAGAGAGCGAGGUCAGGGGGACCACGACCCCACCGUGUCCGGGGAGUUCUGCUUGCUGCUGACGGACGGCAGUCAUUCCGUGAGGAUGCACAUGGCAUCAGCAAUUAAAUGCUUGUUUUGUGGCAACGGGAAACCAUUUACUAAAGAGAUUCAGAACCAGUCAUUUGACACCGUUUACCAGAUGGUGCAGGACGCUAUGGAACUCCAGGGAAAACUGACUCCCGAUGAGCAAGCAGAGGAAUCGGCCAAUCGCACGGCUAGUCUACUGGCCACCCUGUCCACCGUGGCUUGCUGCAGCCCGGCCUGCGAGAAGAAGACCGUCUUCGCUCUGAUGCAAGCAAUCCAGCUCAACGGCAUCGAGAUCUCCCUCAUGCAAAAGGUACUUCAGAGCAUUUCAGACAGCCUUCUCUACAGCUCCGUCACUGCCUUCCUUGAGUCCCAUCUGAGUUACCUCAUUCACCAGUGGCUCCUGGAGAAGUAUCUCCUACCACAAUUCCCUUAUCAGCUGCUGGCAUGCCCGACUGAGGUAGAUUUCUACAGACGGUACCACGGAGCGGUCAUCCCCCACCUGGUCACCUUGCAGAGCCUGGACACUUUACGCGACAUCGCGCAGGCCCUCGACAGCGACUGGAUCCAGCUGCUCAAGGAUGCCUUCCCACAAUCCAUUGCUCACAUCCUGCCUCUGUUUGGUCACACGAGGGCGGCAGACGAGGAUGUCGAAAGUGCUGAGUACAAGGAGAGGCGUAUCUUGGCGGUGUCGUGCUUUGAAGCUCUCGAGAACACCCUCGGAAAGGAAACUAUCAACAACAUGAUCCAAGGCCAUUUGGACAGCAUUGUCGUGGAGCUUCUUGCCAUGUUGUAUGAACCUCACACAGACGAUAGUGACGUGGCUCAGUUCACCAGUGACACUGAUCCAGAACCCAACCCUCCGUUCUUCACCACCUACACCAUCAAGGCAACGCUGGACUACCUAACAAAAUGCCACGCAGGCAGCAAGGCUCUGACCCUGGUCUCACUGCUUGCCAAAACACAGGAUAAUAUUCAGAAGAUUCUCCUAGCACUCCACAUUAAGAUCUCCAAGUCGCACCGCGCCCAUGAGAAGCAUCGCAUGGUGCUGGCCUACCGUCUCUUUGUGUCUCUCCUCCUCGCUGAGCUGCCCACCGGUCUGGGCGGAUCCUGGGCCAUGGUGCUGCAAGACGUCAUCUACACGUUGGUGCACACUAUCCAGGAGGGGGCGGAGUCUGGAGAAGGGGAGGGGCUUCGUCUGGCCCGGCCCUGCGUCGAUCUGCUGCACGCUGUCUGCGUCACGGGACUGGAGAACUGUCAUGAGGAGCUUGGAAAACAUCUGCAUGUUAUUAUGGGCGCUUUGGUUCCACUGGUGGAGAAAAAAGACAAGGUCGCCAAGGAGGCUCUGUCAUUGAUCAACCUGCUGGUGAUUGACAAUGCUGCCAGCUUGUCCGGUGCGCUGAAGUAUCUGGACCCCCUGCCGGAUUCACCCAGGCUUGCCCGAGCCAAAGCAGCCCAGAGGUCCAACAAGUACACCAAAAGCCAGUUCACUCUGAUGGAGGAGGUGAAUCAUUUCUUGAUGUUGGGCAGUCAGCAGGCGGGUAUUCUGAGAGUGGAGGGACUCAAACAUCUGCAUCACCAACUUGCCACGAGGAAAGAGGAAUUGUCGGUCAUGGUCCAACAGUGUGCAGAGGGUUCUGAUAGGACGAUCAUUCAACUCAUAACUGAGCUGGUGGAUUUGAGCGGGAACAAAGAUGGCCGCCUUGAUUCCCCGGACAACAUGGCGCAAGUCGUGAAGGAAGAAGCAGCUCGUUGCCUUGGCGACAUAGGAGCGCCGAAUUUAUCCACGGUUGCCCUGCACUGCGAAGAAACCGAAAAGAACGCCUGUUACUCGACGGCGCUGAAAGUGUUCGCGAAGGACCCGAUCAUGUCCAGACAUGUCGUCAUCAUUCAUCUGCUGAAAGAGUAUCUAACAGAUCCCAAUGUUGAUACCGUCGAAGCCGCAGCGAACUGCUUGAAGACAGUCCUAGCAACGACCUGGGGUCAACGCUGCUAUGAUAUGUACAAAGACAGAAACAUAGACAAGCUUUUCUACUAUUUGAAUCCGUUCAAACCAAGUAAAAAGAAGGUCGUCAGCAAACAAGCGCCACGCUGUUCCAGUGCUUCCUUCGCACAGACGAUUGGAGACCCGUCGCUAUGGCAACCAGCUGGGGGUAACCAUAGCGACUGGGUGAGGAACCUGACCAUCGCCCUGAUCCGAAGUGGCGGUUUGCAGGACGAGAUCUUGCUCUUGCUGGAACCGAUUUGCAAAGUCAAAGUGGAGUUCGCGGAAAACGUCCUGCCCUAUCUGUUCCAUGACAUUCUGAGUACCGGGAACGACCUGUAUCGACGGGUCCUGUCGCAGCGUAUGGAGGCAGUGUUUACUGGACACUGCAACAGCGCCAUCGGCAGUCGCGCGCCAACACCAGUGCCUUUUGCAGAUAUUUCCUCCAGUCAGCUGGGUCAAAGGUCAAUCCGCACCCUGCUUGACGUCAUGCAUUACUUGAGGACACAAGAGAGACCAACCCAGAGCCGAACAAAGAGCACAGCUUGGGACAACAAUUUCUGGCUCGACGUGAACUACCUGUUGGUAGCCAAAGCAGCCCAGAAUUGCAGAGCGCACUUCACGUGUCUCCUGUACACGGAAAUAUGGUGCGAUGUACAGAGGUCCCGCCAGCUUUCAUCGUUAGGCCGUGGCAGCCAGUCUUUCAGCCAGCCCUCCGACAUCGAGACUCUCAGCUCGAUGUCCAACGAUGCGAACAUCAACGUCCAGAGCCUGCUCCUAGAAGCCUACAGCAGCAUCGGAGAGCCCGACGGGGUGUAUGGGUGCGGGGCUGGGAGGCUGACCGACACAUACGCAAGGAUCCACACGUACGAGCACGAGGGAGACUGGAGCAAAGCGCUGAGCGCCUACGAUCUCAAGCUUCACUCCAAAUCGUCGCAGACUGGGACACAAGAAGUCGGAGUACUGCAGGCGAUGCAGAAUCUUGGCCUCAGCCACAUCAUGACGGUGUAUCUCCAAGGUUUGAGGUCAGAGGAGGUCACCUUUGGUCCGGAGAUGGUACAGUUCCAGUACGAGGCCGCCUGGAGAAAUGCAUUGUGGGAUAUGGAGCUUGACGACAGGAACCAGACUAAUUCCAAUGGCUACCACCAGUCACUGUAUACUGCCCUCUCCUGUCUGCGGGAUGGAGAGUCUGAAUCCUUCACAGUGGCCCUGCAACAAGCACGAAAGGACACCCUGCACCAGUUGUGCCAUGUCAGCAUUGAGAGUGCCUACAGUGUGUACCCGAUGCUAUCCAGGUUGCAGGGCCUGGUGGAGAUGGAAGACUUUGGCGCCAUGCUACUAAAGAACCAGCAGCCGAACUCGGUCCUCCAGAGCUGGACCUCCCAACUGGCCCUGAUGGACAAUGACUUUGAGUUUGCCGAGCCCACCCUGGCCCUUCGAACCGUCCUGCUCCAGCUGUUACUGGAGAAGAGUGAUGCAAACAACCGUACCCAAGCCUACGAGGGACUCGUCGCUCACCUCAAGAACCACACAGAAAUAGCCAGGAAAGCUGAAAGCUUCCAGAUUGCAGAAAAGGCUCUGGCCACCUUACAUGAUCUUCACAGGCCAGAGGAGCUCCAGACCGAUCACUCGUGGUGGCGGCUGAUUGAGGAGGCUAAGGUGUACUGGACUCGCAAUGAGAAGACUACCGCCAUGCACCUCAUGAAGGCACUGCUGGACAAAAUUAGCAGGGUUUCCAUGGACGAUCCCGUUGCGGAAUCCCUGCAUCCGGAAGUCCUGACCAUAUACGGCAACUGGCAGGCCGAGACCAACUCCGACAGCCCCAACGUCAUCAUUGAACAGUACUUCGAAAGGGCUGUUGACAUGUAUGACCUCCGGGACGACACCAGCCCACCGGCCAUCGAGUCUCAACUCUCCCUGGCCCGAUUCGCCGACACCCAGUACCAAAAUAUCGUGAACUAUAUGAAGUCCAGCGAGUACGAGGACAAGCAAGCCUUGAUGAAACAGGCAAAGAAGGAGUACGAAGAGCUCCUCGCCAUGGGUGAUAGGGUCAGUCGUUACGCCCGAACUUUAGAGAAACAAUCAGAGAUCGACGAGCGGGAGCUGGGCUCCAUGAUGCAAGACAGAGAAAACUUCCUGCAUAGGGCCGUGGAAUGCUACCUGAAGUGCCUGGAGUUUGGCACCGCGGAGCACGACAUGAGGGUCUUCCGGGUUUGCUCGUUGUGGUUUGACAACUCCAAUGAGGACGAAAUCAACCAACUCAUUCAGUCCUCUUUUGAGCGAAUUGCAAGCCGAAAGUUGCUCCCGCUACUGUACCAACUGGCUGCGAGGAUGACCACCAAAACUCAAGACAAGCAACUCUUCCAUGACGUCUUAAAUGAGCUGAUCGAGAGAACCGCCCAAGACCACCCCCACCACGCCCUGCCCAUAAUUCUUGCCCUGGCAAACGCCAACAAAGAUGCAAUCAUCACCUCCAAGCGGACCGGCCGACUUGCCCGUGCCAACUCCAUGAAAGACGACACCAGCCAUGCCGACGAAUCCCGAAUGCAGGCAGCACAGCACAUGCUGGGCAGGCUGCGAUCCACACGCUGUCAGCAGAUCAUAAGGGAUUUGGAGAAACUCUCUGAUUCUUACAUCGAGCUUGCUUACUGGGACGUCUCAGAUCGCAAGAGAGAAAUCGGCCCAAUAAAACUACCUCCGAAUCAACCACUGACCCAGCUGAAAAAUCUGGAGCAUGUUGCCAUGCCGACCAUGGAGAUUCCGGUGGAUGCAUCUUGUCGCUAUGACAACAUCGUCUCAGUCAGUCAUUUUGAGGGGACCUUCAAAUUGGCGGGAGGAGUAAACCUUCCGAAAAUCAUAACUUGCGUUGGGUCAGACGGCAUCAGGCGAAGACAACUUGUCAAAGGCAAGGAUGACCUCAGGCAGGAUGCUGUCAUGCAACAAGUCUUCUCAUUGGUCAACAAGCUUCUCCAGAGGAACCAAGAAACAAGGAAACGGAGACUGCAAAUCAGAACAUAUAAAAUUGUGCCUUUGUCUCAGCGCAGCGGCCUACUGGAGUGGUGCGAGGGUACCAUGCCGAUUGGCGAAUACCUCAUCGGAAAUCAGAAGACGGACUUCGGAGCUCACAAACGCUACCGACCGCAGGACAACACGUCCAUGGAAUGCCGGAAAAAGAUGGCAAUGGCACACAGCAGUAGCGAGCAAGGAAAGAAGUACAAAGAAUUCCGGGAAGUCAUGAAGAGAUUCCAGCCGGUCUUCCGUCACUUCUUCCUGGAGAAGUUCCCUGACCCUGCCGUGUGGCUGGAAAGGAGGCUAGCAUACACUAGGAGUGUGGCCACAUCUUCCAUUGUUGGAUAUGUGGUUGGCCUAGGCGACAGACAUGUACAGAACAUUCUUAUCGACUGUAACCUGGCCGAGCUGGUUCACAUCGAUCUGGGUGUGGCCUUUGAGCAGGGGCGGAUCCUACCCACCCCAGAGACGGUGCCCUUCAGACUGACCCGAGACCUGGUAGAUGGGAUGGGCAUUGCCGGAGUCGAGGGGGUCUUCAGGAGAUGCUGUGAGAAAACCAUGGAUGUAAUGCACAACUCCCAGGAAGCGCUGCUUACAAUAUUACAGGUUCUCCUGUACGAUCCGCUGUACGUUUGGACUAUGUCCCCCCACAAAGCCAUGGCCUUACAGCAGCGGCGCGAUCGCAACGACCCGGACGCCUCUGAGCUCAACACCACAUCCACCGACCUCACCGACGGCGACCUCGGGGUCAAAGGUCAAGAGGUCAGCAGCGACGAGGGCACGGAGGUCAACAAGGUCGCUGAGCGGGUGGUGCUGCGGCUGCGGCAGAAGCUGCAGGGCGUGGAGGAAGGCGUGGCCAUGAGCGUCAAGGGGCAAGUGAACAGGCUGAUACAGGAGGCUAGAGACCCCAAGAACCUAUGCAGGCUGUUCCCCGGAUGGCAGCCGUGGAUAUAGACACACAUCAGGGUCAAAGGUGAAUCACACAAACAGUAGUCUCUUUUCAAGUUUUUUUUCCCGUGAAAAUUUCAGUUCUUCAGAGGAUUAUCUGACAUGCAAAAUUGUUUAAGCUUGCUUCCCAAUAUAAAUAGCAUGCCUGCAUUCACAUGUUCAAUUAAGUAAAAAAUAUCAAGAGACUUAUCAGGCACGGAUCCAGAGGGGUGGUUUUGGUGGUCGAAACCCCCCCCCCCCCCCCCCCCCCCCCCCCCCGCUCUGACACCCAAAACAAAUAUAACAAGUAUAGUAAUAAUACAAAAGAUGACAUGUCUGCCUGUCCGCAACAAUCAGACAUAAACAAAUAUGACAGGCCUGACCAUCCCCCUCCCCCCUCUGCAAAAAUUCCUGGAUCCGCCCCUGCCUAUCAGUUACUUCAUGCAGUAUCUUUUCUUGGAAAUAACAGAAAACAGUUUGCCAUUGUUAUCACAAAUAUCACUGUGUACAUUUAUCACAAUUCAAAAUUGAUUCACAUACAACAUUAAUUGAAGAACUAAUUUCAUAUUUCAACCACUUUUUAGUACUUAAAUAUGGGAAUUAUUUUUUGUAUCUUUUCCAUGGUGCUGUAAAAAAAAAGACAUUGCGUAGUCAUUCAAAGAAAUCUAUUAACAUAAAAACAAUGAAAAAAGACCUCAUUUUGUUUGCAAAUCUUCAAAAUACUACUUUCCAAGUGGAUAAUUACUACAUGUAUAAACAGGUAAUUCUUUUGCAAUGCUGUUUUCUGGACUUCAAAAUAAUUCUUAAACCUUCACUUCAUUCAAUAAUCUUAGCGCACAAAUCAUUGAAAACAAUUCAAUUGAUUUUCCCAAGGUAAUUUUUUAAAGACACACUGAAAUAUUACCGAAAGUGCUAGAAGACAUUGUUAGCGUCCACACCUCUUUGUCAAAGUAACCAUGAGUUGUCAAAAUAUUGGAACAAUAUAGAUAGAAAUAUCGUAAUACAAUUUUUUUUUCAUAUUUCGUUUCAUGAACAAUUAAACAUUUGACUAUUUCUACUGAUCAAAGAAAUAUAUAUUACGCGAUGCAAAUAGUUUAUUCUUCUUGCUUGUUUUCGUAUUCAGAAAUGCCUUCCUGCCAAAUAAAAGUUAAGUUCUUAAAAA